CUCAGGCUUCACAAAUAACCUGCAGUCCCAUCCCAACACUCUCCGUUUUCUAAUACUGCCUGUUGAGUUCAUAUUCAACCUGCACAAUGCAGAUUAAUGACAUCAAGUCGUCUGACUGGGACUCCACUGCGCCCGAAUAUCUGAAAGUCCCCAUCGAAGGGCCACUGCUGAUUCCCUGUAAGCGCAUGAUUGAAGCCUUGCAGGAUGCUGUCAGCUUUUCCUCGGCCACAACCAUCUUAGACAUUGGCAGUGGUCCCGGCACGGCGAUGAGUUUGCUGAUCGAUGACUAUGGCAAUAACAUUCCACCAGAAUCUCGAUUAGUCGCGACGGACUACUCCGCAGGCAUGGUGGCAGCGUCCAGGGCCAGGAAGGACUCGAAGAUAGCAGCCAGAGCCGACCCUGCAAAUUGUUGGGGCCGACUCGAGACACUUGUAGUGGAUGCACAGGAUCUGUCUGAGUUUCCCUCCAACAGCGUCUCCCAUAUCAUGGGGAGUCUUGUCUACUUCAUGCUCCCAGACCCAAUGAAAGGACUGAGAGAGGCUCGUCGAGUGCUGCAAUCCGGAUGCGUCUUUGCAUGUACAAGCUGGGCAAAAGUCGAGUGGAUGGAACUCCUGCUUCAGGCGGCCCACAGCGUGCGACGCGUCGGGGAUGAUAAAAACUCAACCGAAACAAGAGGGCACAAUAUGAUUCCCACUCAGUGGACAGAUACUGCUGGGGUGAAGAGAGAGAUGGAAUCUGCUGGUUUCCGGGACGUGCAUACUGAGUACGUCGAAUUCAACUGGGUGGUUGAAGACCGUGGAAAGUUCGCCGACAAGAUGUCGACAAGUUCCAAUCCCGGGUCCCAAAUGAUCCUAGGUGAUUUUACUGCUGAGGAAAAACAACAAGUUCGCGGGGAGUAUGUAAGAAUUCUGGAGGAGAAUGGAGAUGUAUGCAAAGGUAUCGCGGUCCUAGGUGUUGGUAGGAAAUAGUUUGAUGGGCGCGUUUUUGUAUGGACUCCCCUAGCUGCUUGAACUUGCCUGCUAGGAACAUGAUUUGAGAUAUGCCAUAUUGUAUUGGGCGGAAUACAAGAGAUGUAUCACUCGCCCUGGACAUAUUCGCAUUGUAAAUAGUCUUCCAGGCAGAUGCGAUCCCCCUUAGAAGAAAACACACGAUGCCAUCCC